AUGGCCACCAUGACGAUGACGGCGCCGAUCAACAAGAAGACGGCGAAAAAGAACAACAAAUUGAUUCCAGAGAAUGAGCGAUACAUGCGAGCAUGCUCCGACAUUGCAAAUGCGCUCAUCCAAGAAUAUGAGUCUCAGAAAGACAUCUCCACGCCGCGGAAAGAUAUCAAUCUGAACAAGCUGCGGGGCAUGAUCGCGAAGAAGCACUCGCUGGCCACUCAACCUCCUCUCACGGCAAUCAUCGCUGCCGUGCCGGAGCAUUACAAAAAAUACAUCUUGCCCAAACUCAUUGCAAAGCCAAUCCGAACAUCGUCUGGUAUCGCCGUGGUGGCUGUGAUGUGCAAGCCCCAUCGAUGCCCUCAUAUCGCCUAUACCGGUAACAUCUGCGUCUACUGCCCGGGUGGUCCCGACUCCGACUUUGAAUAUUCGACACAAUCCUACACCGGAUAUGAACCCACGUCGAUGCGGGCGAUUCGCGCGCGCUACGAUCCCUUUGAGCAGGCCCGAGGACGGGUCGAUCAGAUUAAGUCGUUGGGACACAGUGUGGACAAGGUUGAAUAUAUCAUCAUGGGUGGAACAUUCAUGUCCCUGCCCGAAGACUACCGCGACAGUUUCAUUUCGCAGCUUCACAACGCCCUGAGUGGCUACCAGACCGACAAUGUGGACGAGGCUGUCCUGGCGGGCGAGAUGAGUAACACCAAAUGUGUAGGUAUCACGAUCGAGACUCGUCCAGAUUAUUGCCUGGACACUCAUCUCAGCAGCAUGCUUCGCUAUGGAUGCACGCGAUUGGAGAUUGGAGUCCAGAGUCUUUACGAGGAUGUGGCACGAGACACUAAUCGUGGCCACACCGUCGCCGCAGUGGCCGAAACCUUCAAGCUGGCCAAGGAUGCUGGCUUCAAGGUCGUCAGCCACAUGAUGCCUGAUCUGCCGAACGUGGGGAUGGAACGCGACCUGUUCCAGUUCCAGGAGUACUUUGAAAACCCCGCCUUCCGUACAGACGGUCUGAAAAUUUACCCCACGCUGGUCAUUCGCGGAACCGGUCUGUACGAACUGUGGCGGACCGGCCGAUACAAGAACUAUACUCCAAACGCGUUGAUCGAUCUUGUGGCGCGCAUUCUCGCCCUGGUUCCUCCAUGGACCCGAAUCUACCGUGUCCAGCGAGAUAUCCCCAUGCCCCUGGUCACCUCUGGUGUUGAGAACGGCAACCUUCGUGAGCUAGCCCUGGCAAGAAUGAAGGACUUCGGAACGACCUGUCGGGACGUCCGUACUCGUGAGGUCGGAAUCAACGAAGUCAAGAAUAAAAUCCGUCCUUCGCAAGUCGAAUUGAUCCGUCGUGACUACGCGGCAAACGGAGGCUGGGAGACUUUCUUGGCCUACGAGGAUCCCAAGCAGGACAUUCUCAUUGGCCUACUCCGGCUUCGCAAGUGCAGCGCCACUCACACAUUCCGUCCCGAGUUCACCGGCCAGCAGACGAGUAUCGUGCGCGAGCUGCAUGUGUACGGAUCCGCAGUACCCCUUCAUGGUCGCGAUGCUCGGAAAUUCCAACACCGUGGGUUUGGAACCCUGCUCAUGGAGGAGGCCGAGCGCAUCGCUCGCGAGGAGCACGGGAGCACUAAGAUCAGUGUCAUCUCAGGCGUGGGCGUGCGAAGCUACUAUGCACGAUUGGGAUACACAUUGGAUGGUCCGUACAUGUCGAAGAUGCUCGAUCCAUACGAGGGCGAGGAGGAAUAA